CUUCCCCUCUCUCCACGCGAGUGCUUGCCUCAGCCAUCAACGAAAAGCUUUGGCUCGCAGUGGAUGUUUUUAUUCCUGUGUUUUGUGGAGGAAUCGAAAACUUUCCUCUGGAACAGGAAGUUCCAUUCCUCCAUUCCAAACGCCUCAUGACGUCAGCAAAAUACAGGAAGAUGAAUCCUGUGAAAUUCCUUUGAAAAAACUCCAUUCCAAACAGGCCCUAAUAAACCUAUGCUCUUUUAUAUUCUCCUACACUUUUUUAAGCAUACUUAGCUCUAUCCCUGGAACAUUUUGAACUAGACCGAUUUUAUAUUCUCCCACUAUUUUUUCUUUAUUAUAUUUAAUCCGGCUUUUGUGAAUUUUUUAAGUUAUGCUCCCGGUGUUAUUCUCAGCAAUUGCACCUAUGAACCAUCUUUUUUUUCCGCACCUUGAGCAAGUCAGUUUUAUCCAUAGUCAUUACAAUCUCGAUGCAUGCUAGUUCGUAGUUCGUCGACAUCGUGAACUAAUUCUAAUGAGUUAAUUUAGAUUGUUAGAUCUUUGUAAAAUUUAAUGGUAAUUUUUUUUAUUUUUAGAUUAACGUGGGAAUCUAUAGCCUCUCAGUGAACAUGGUGACGUGUUUUAACACUCUUUUGUUAGCUGUAAGCCAACAUGGUGACUGAUUUUAACACUCUGUUGUUAGUUGUAAUUGAUUUGGAACUUCAAUUGACUGCUAAUUUUCUUAUAUUUUUAAUUUUAAAUUUAGCUAUUUACUAAUAGUAACUUUUUUAAUCAAGCGUUAAUUUUCUUAUUUCUAUGAUCCCUUAGCUAUUUACUAAUCGUAUUUGACAUCUUUUUUAUUUUUCUAAUUUUGAAUUUAUCUAUUUACUAAUCAUUCUCGGCACUCUUCAUGUACUUAUUUUUUAGUUUUUUAAUUUCGAAAUUAGUUAUUAUUAAGCAUAUUUGAUAGGGAUUUUUCGGAUUAAUUUAGUCCAUUAUAUCUUCAUAAAAUUUAAUAAUGUAUAUUAUUCUUUUUUAGAUUAAUAUUAAAAUUUCUAAACUCUCUUGAUGAUUUUUUAACACUCGUUUAUUAAUAUAAUAGAUAUUGGUGGUAUAAUAACAUGGUUUGCGCCCUGAGUGCAGUCUUGCCUCGUGCAAAUGACUUUUGGGAAAACUAUACUUCGAUCCUUCGAGGCAGAUGAAGGGACGUCGCUACGGCAAAAUGGUAGGAGUUGAACCGAAGAAGUAAUUAAUUUGGAUAGGUGGCACGUGUGUGCGAGAUAAUGACACCAAGGAGCUAGAUAGGGAUUUCAAAGUGUCGCUCUAGGAUCAUCUGCCUGGCCAUUUUUCAAGCCUUUAGAGAGUAUCUUCCAUGAAAAAUACACACAAAAUGUCAUGAAAAAUACACACAUUUAUGUCAAGGAGAUAUUCCUAAUUGUCAAAUUAAAGUAAAUUUGCCGAUAAAGAUCCAUCAUAGAUAAAUUAUUUUUCCAUGUGUUGUAUUACAAACUGUGACGGAAAAUAUUUUUUUUCAUGGUACUAGGGAAACAUGAUCGACAAACAAGAUGUCCCAUACGAACAUCAUGUGUACUAGUGUUAGAAAAUAGGAUAGGACCGAUAACUAUUAUUAUUAAUAAUGAUUAGAGUUUAUCAAAUUAAUGGCUGCGUAUUUUUUUAAGAAUUUUCAGGAUAUACUCCGCAUGUCUUGUAAUAUUAACAUUGAGGUUGUUAAAGAAAUUUCUAGUAGUAAUAUAGUCUACAAAGUCUAUCUCCAUGACGGUUCAAGGUCCUUGCAUUGGAGCCCGCAUAGGUACAAUAGACCCAUACGCCAAUAUACAUUUGUUUUGCUGCCACCUCAUGUGUUGACAUGGUUACUAUCGAGCUGAAGAACUUCAUGGUAAGCGUAGAAUAUUUCUGUAGAAGAACAAACCGAAACUGCUCAAGAAAGCAGGAUAAAUAAAACCAUGUCUCGUUUUUGUUUCUUUUUUGUUAUUUAGAUCUAGAAAUGAAUUUUGAUAAUCAUGUAUUAACAAAAAUGCAGGGGGCUCAUAAUAUUGUGGUGUAUAUUGAGCAUUGGUUUUUGGAUAGUAGUAUAUUAAGCAUUGUGGAAGUACAUAUAAGGCUCUGUUUCACAGAGCUCCCAGAGCUUCUAAAUUCAAUCUAGAAGAAAUUCUGUCAAACAGUUUUUUCUAAGAGAAAUGAUUCUAUACUAAUUCUGUAGGAUAAUUCUCUGAAAUGAACUAAGGAACUGGGAGUUGGAAAAAGUAACUUCUCAUAAUUCAUUUCUCACACUGAAUCUAUUUUUUAUAAAAUUAAUCGUAGAGAAUCGCAGAGAGUCACUUUCAGCUGCUGAAUCACUUAAUGAAUUAGUUCCCAUAGAGAAUUAGAAUUAGGUGGAGCUCUACCAAACUGAUCCUAAGUUUUCUGUUAUUGUGUAAUAAAAGUUUGAUAUAGGCAUAGCCAACGCCCUAAUAAAAUGAGAUAAGAAUAUAUAUCUCCGCAAGUAGAGCCAAUCUUUUAAAGAGCUUAUUGCAAGAAAAAUAAAUUUCUGGAAGAGCUCUAAUCCAAGAAAAAUGAAGUUCUAGAAGAGUCUUAGUUCAAGAAUAACAGUAAUGAUUUUCUAGAAGAUGAGUCGAAGACAAUUUCAACGGAGCACGCCUUAAUAUAGGUCGGCGUUCAGUUCAACGCGGCUGACAGACGACGACGAUUCAACCGUUCGCCAAACGGUCCAAACCCACCAAGCCCACCACCAAUCCAGACCCGCGCACCAACAACCACCGGUGGCGACCAUGGCGACCAAGGACCCCGCGGUCACCGGCGGCGAGCCCGCCAUCGGCAUCCCGUACCACCCCGCGGCGUCGGCCCAGGGGCAAUACUACUACGCGCCGCCGCCGAACCCCUACGCGGCGGGGAUGCCGCCGCCCAACGCGAUCUACGCCGGCGCGCCCAAGGGGGUGCCGCUGCAGCAGACCAUGUUCCGCGACACGCCCGCGCCCUUCCACUGCCAGGCCUGCGGCGAAGCCGCCGUCUCUACCGUCCGGUCGAAGCCGAGCCUUGCAUCUGUCGUGGCUUGCAUGAUGCCCUUCAUGAUGGGGGUCUGCUUCCUGUGCCCUUCGAUGGACUGCCUCUGGCACAAGUACCAUUACUGCCCCAGCUGCGGCGAAAAGGUGGGCGAGUUCAGGAAGUCCGACCCGUGCCUCGUGGUCGAUGCGACCCGGUGGUCCGAGCGAAGCUUCGCCGUGCCUGCGUAGUGCAUACACCACUUGCUAUAAUAGUGCCAUUACCUUCAAAUGAUAGAAUGCGUUGCCGUUGUUCUUGUGUAGCCUGUAUAUAAAAAGAUGCUUGUUGCAUGCUGUAUUUCCUGUGCCUGACCUGCCGUUACCCUCUAGUGUAUACUACGUUUAGAACUGAAUGUUUCGUUUUUUUAUUGGAAUAAACAUGUUACUCUUACAAGUGCAUGACUGAAGCUACACAUGUAAUAUGGGAUUUGUCGACAAUGAGAGAAGAUAGGAUGGCCACAGAUUUUGCAGGAC